UUUAAAAGAAGGAAGAAGGCGUAGUACUGAACCGAAUGUGUUUAACGGAAAGAAAGUUUUUAUCUCUGCAAGCUUUUUAAUUCCAGAAGUGUCUUGUGGAUUAAUCUGGAUUAUUUUGUGCUGGUUUCAGAUGGAACUCCCCUUUCCCCGGAACGUUUUCUCCCACGGGCUUUGUUCGUGAAGUUCCACGCAGGCUCCACGCUGGAAGAAAACAGCGCAGAUUAACGUCACAAAAACAAGCAAAAAAGUCACACUCUGGGAUGUGAAACGUUGGAUCGAUCAUCAUGGCUUUCCUCCAGGGAACGUGUUGAGCUCACAAACAGAAUUACCUGAAGUUAAAUACUGUUUUGAAAGAACUGAAGUUUUGCUGCAGUCAUGUCAGCAGAUGAAGACGUGGUCCCAGACACAGCUCCGCCACAGUUUGUGAAUCCCCCGCCUCCUGAGGUGACCAAUCCCAGCAAACCAGGCCGAAGGACCAACCAGCUGCAUUUCAUGCAAAAUGUUGUGGUCAAAUCACUGUGGCGGCACAACUUUGCUUGGCCUUUUCAUCAACCUGUCGAUGCUGUGGCUCUCGGACUCCCGGAUUAUCACAAGAUCAUAACAUCCCCGAUGGACAUGGGAACCAUCAAGAAACGCCUGGAGAAUAACUACUACUGGAGCUCGUCUGAGUGUAUGCAAGACUUGAACACCAUGUUCACCAACUGCUACAUAUACAACAAGCCUACAGAUGACAUCGUGUUGAUGGCUCUGGCCUUGGAGAAGAUUUUCUUACAAAAAGUUGCCCUGAUGCCUCGAGGAGAAGUUGACUUUGUACCUCACUCAGCUAAAGGCAAGACCAAAAAAAGUAGCCCUGGAGGUGGGACUGAUGAAGCACAGGCUGGUCUCAGCAGCGUGUCUUCGGGCCCAAAACGGCCACCACAGACCACCACUAAAAAGAAGAAAGGGGUGAAGAGGAAAAGUGACACCAUGACAGAUGCGCCCUCAGAAAUCCUAACCGGCUCGAGCGAUUCGCCAGAAGUCAAGCGGCGGCGUGACAGCAUGUGCAGAGCGGCUAAUCCCACAAAGAUGGACUCUGAAGCGUCGCUGCAACAACAGACUGAGCAGAACAAGCCGAGCACACAGCUGAAGUACUGUCAGAAUGUGCUAAAGGAAAUGCUUUCUAAGAAACACGCGGCCUAUGCCUGGCCUUUCUACCAGCCCGUCGACGUUGAAGCUCUGCAGCUGCACGACUACCACAACAUCAUCAAAUACCCCAUGGAUCUCAGUACCGUCAAAAAAAAGUUGGACGCACGAGAGUAUCAGGAUGCUCAAGCUUUCGCUGCAGACGUCAGGUUAAUCUUCUCUAACUGCUACAAAUACAAUCCGUCACAUCACGAAGUUGUCGCUCAGGCCCGAAGACUUCAGGGUGUGUUUGAGAAGCAUUUUGCAAAGAUUCCAGACGAGCCGGUUGAGUUCAUUCCACUAGGGGGAGCUGUGACUGCCAAAGACACCACUUCUUGUGCAGUAAGCUGCAAAAGCAACUCCAGCGUGGACAAGCUGGACUCGGCAGAGGACCGCGCCACCCGACUUGCAGAGUUGCAAGAGCAGGUGGGUGCAGAACAGCUCAAAGCUGUUCAUGACCAGCUCUCCACACUCUCUGCGGGCCCCGCGAUGAAGCCGAAGAAGAAACACGAGAACAGCAGGCAUAGUCAAAGUAACACAGAUACUGCCAGGCCGUCGUGGAAGGCGACAUUGGAGUGCGAUUCAGACGACGAGUCGUUGCCGAUGACGUACGACGAGAAGCACCGGCUGAGCCUGGACAUUAACCGGUUACCCGGCGUGAAGCUGGGCCGUGUGGUGCAAAUCCUGCAGACACGAGAGCCUUCAAUGUACGACUCCAGCCCGGACGAGCUUGAAAUCGACUUUGAGCGGCUCAAGCCCUCCACUCUGCGGGAGCUGGAGCGAUUUGUCAAGUCCUGUCUGCGGAAGAAGUUCAUGAAAUCUCAGCAGAGAAGCGUCCAAGCUGCGACUCGCCACGCCGGCGGCGGCAGCAGCAGUUCUUCAGACUUGGUCAGCAGCAGCUCCACCGACUGCAGCUCAGACUGAAGCAGUGGCGGCUCUGCUCCACUUCUUUACUCACCCAAAGACUUUAUUUUGAAAAUGCUAAACGGGUUUAUUUUUCUAUUUUGUAAAUUAAAGUUCUCACAUGCUGUUUUUAUUCAGUAUGACUUCUUCCUCAUUGCGAUGUUUAUUCUUCGUCUUUUUCUUCUUGAAGCGUAAGUCACUGUUUCUUAUUAAAUACGCAGACCA